AUGACUCAGACCUCAAGGUCAACGACCGUGAACCAGGCUAAGCUUGAUGCGGCCCAGCGACGAUAUUGUGAAGAGGCCAACAAACGAUUCCGAGCUCAGCAUAAUGCGAAGUUCAUCCAACUCAUCGUGACGAAAGAGACCUGUCUUAGCGCUCUGGCCGCAGGUCUGAUCUGUGGGUAG